AUGAAAGUGAGCGCCGGCACCAGCAGCGGUUCCGAGGGAAGCUCAGCGGCCGUGGGCGCUGGGAACAGGCCGGACCCCUCGCUGACGGGCUGACCCCGGUGCUGACGAGGGCGGGGCCGCAGAGCGAGCUGCCGCAGUGUCUGGGCCCGCGGCGGGCCCGGUGAGGACCGCGAGGGACGCAGCUACAUCCAGAUCUCAUUAUGCAUCAGAAAGAUGAAAAAACAGAGGAAAAUUCUAUGGAGGAAAGGAAUCCACUUAGCCUUUUCUGAGAAAUGGAAUACUGGGUUUGGAGGUUUUAAGAAGUUCUACUUUCACCAGCACUUGUGCAUUCUGAAAGCAAAGUUGGGAAGGCCAGUUACUUGGAGCAGGCAGUUGAGGCAUUUCCAGUGCAGAAAGAAGGCCCUUCAAAUCCAGCAAACUUGGAUCCAGGAUGAACCCCUUUUUGCUAAGACAAAGUCGAAUGUGGCUGCUGAAAAUGUUAGUACUCUGUCCUCUAAAGUGAAAAGAAACAGCACUAAACAUUUAGUUUCCUCCUCAAGGACCCUCCUGAAACUCCAAGCAGAGAAGUUGCUGUCAGCAAAGAACUGUGACCAUGAGGACCACGGAGAGAAAAAUCUCUUGCAGGCAGUUGCUGACUUACCAGCAAAUAGUGUUUUAGAUCAGGCUAUUGGUCACAGACCUAGGACAGAGCUGCAAGCUUCUGACUUGCCCAUGAAGUUCAAUGGGGAGAGCCAAAGUUCAGGUGAGAGUGGCACAGUUGUGGUCACCUUGAGCAACCAUAAGAGAAAGCGCUUUUGUUAUGGCUGCUACCGAGGACUGGAGCACCACAGGAAUAGGGGACCUCUGACUCCAAAAAAGUUCCAACUUAACCAACAUAGAAGAAUAAAAGUAUCUCCUCUUAUGAUGUAUGAGAAAUUAUCCAUGAUUAGAUUUCGGUACAGGAUUCUCAGAUCCCAGCACUUCAGAACAAAAAGCAAAGUUUGCAAGCUAAAAAAAGCCCAGCAAAGCUGGGUAAAGGUCACUGGGGACCAUCAGGAGACCCUUAGGGAGAACAGUGAGGGUGGCAAUUGCAGCCCAUUCCCUUCCCCAGAACUUAAAGACCCUUCUUGUCGGCAUCAGCCACACUUCCCAGAUAUGGACAGCAGUGCUGUGAUGAAGGGAAAGAACUCUCAUAUGCCUGAUGGCUGCACUAAAGGAAGCCCUUUCUUGGGCAAGGAGCUUAGUUUAGCUGAAGCAUUCCCUGACCAACAGAAUGGCAAUGCCACAUACACCUGGGACCAGUCACCCUCUUCCCCUCCUAAGUGGGAGUUUCCAGAGCUAAUUCAUGACAUCCCCUUACCAGACCAUCAUUCUAGUAACGUGUUUAUCUCAGAAACCGAAAGAGAAACUCUGACUCUUGGUCAGGAAAAUCGGACAAGUACUGUCAAUGAUGACACAGUAAAAUUGUCAGUGUCUGGGGCAGAUCAGUCUGUAAGUAAUGUAGAUGGGCCUAUGUCCGAAGAGACUGUUCAGAAAGAGAGCUCGUACCAGAUGGAUGAGGAUGGAUCUCUCAAGCAGAACAUUCUUAGUUCUAAGUUGCUGGACCACCCUUAUUGUAAAAGUCCGCUGGAGGCUCCUCUGAUGUGCAGUGGAGUCACACUAGAAAAUCAAGUGGGAGGUGGGAAGAACAGUCACAAAGCAUCUCCAGUGGAUGAUGAACAGCUGUCAGUCUGCCUUUCUGGAUUCCUAGAUGAGGUUAUGAAGAAGUAUGGCAGUUUGGUUCCACUCAGUGAAAAAGAUGUCCUUGGAAGAUUAAAAGAUGUCUUUAAUGAAGACUUUUCUAAUAGAAAACCAUUUAUCAGUAGGGAAAUAACAAACUAUCGGGCCAGACAUCAAAAAUGCAACUUCCGUGUCUUCUACAAUAAGCACAUGCUGGAUAUGGAUGAUCUGGCGACACUGGAUGGUCAGAAUUGGCUGAAUGACCAGGUCAUUAAUAUGUAUGGUGAGCUGAUAAUGGAUGCAGUCCCAGACAAAGUUCACUUCUUCAACAGCUUUUUUCAUAGACAGCUGGUAACCAAAGGAUAUAAUGGAGUAAAGAGAUGGACUAAAAAGGUGGAUUUAUUUAAAAAGAGUCUUCUGUUGAUUCCUAUUCACCUGGAAGUUCACUGGUCUCUCAUUACUGUGACACUUUCUAACCGAAUUAUUUCAUUUUAUGAUUCGCAAGGCAUUCAUUUUAAGUUUUGUGUAGAGAAUAUAAGAAAGUAUUUGCUGACUGAAGCCAGAGAAAAAAAUAGACCCGAAUUUCUUCAGGGUUGGCAGACUGCUGUUACAAAGUGUAUUCCACAACAGAAAAAUGACAGUGACUGUGGAGUCUUUGUGCUCCAGUACUGCAAGUGCCUCGCCUUAGAUCAGCCUUUCCAGUUUUCCCAAGAAGACAUGCCCCGAGUGCGGAAGAGGAUUUACAAGGAGUUGUGUGAAUGCCGGCUCAUGGACUAAAACCCAGCAAGGCUGGGAAGUCUGACCAAGUUGGAGCAGAUGAUUUGUUACUUGAAUCUCCAAACACUUAUUUGAAUUCUAACAGAUAUUUCAGAUCGGUGGUAUUGGGCCACUAUUGUUACCUCAAGUUUAUUUUUAGCCCUUAUUCAUUUCUCUAACUACAAUGUACUAUUUUUUAAUGUUCA